CGACGGAGCGGGCCGGGGCCGAGGCGUCGGGAGGACGGCGGCAGCGCGGACCGCGGGAAAGCCACGAUGUCGUCGAAGGGAAAGGACAGGAAAAAAAGCAAAAGCAGAGUCAGAAGCAAGAAGGGGAAGCAUCAUUAAAGUCCACUGCACUGUGGCACCAGCUGAUGUUUAACACACACUUGCACUCUGACUCCAAUUUGGUCCAAGGUCUAGCCAGAAACAAAACAAAAUAAACCUGGGAGAUGGAGAGAGCGGGGGAUUACAGGUACAUCACAAACAUACCCUCAUGUCACAGGGUAACAAGAGAAUCAGUGGACUUGCUGCAGAGAGAACCAAGGAAGUCGGUGAAAACAGAUGAAUCUGUGGUGGAGAGAGCCAAAGCCAAUGCUUCUCUCUGGGAGGCCAGGUUGGAAGUCACCGAGCUCUCCAGGAUUGAGUACCGUGAUACUUCCCGGAGACUGGCGAAAAGUAAUGAGGAGUUGAAGAAACAGCAGUAUAUAAUGGAGAAAGACACAAUCUCUGUCUUAAGCUACCUGAAGAAGCAGGACCAGGAGAAAGACAAUAUGAUUGAAAAAUUAAAACAGCAGUUGAUUGAAACAAAGGAAAAAGCUGAAGAGGAGAAGCAGCAAAUGGAGCGCCAGUACACUAUGUAUAUACAUGACCUGGAGGGAAAGUUCAAUCAAAGAAUCAAAGAAAUUGGCAUGAUUCAGACAGAGCUGAAAGCAAUAAAACAAUUUCAGAAGAGAAAAAUUCAAGUGGAAAAAGAAUUAGAUGAUCUGAAGGAGAGUUUAAGGAACACAGAACGGAAACAUCAGGAGACUCUUAGAAGACUAGAAGGCAGAUUUUUUGAAGAAAAGCAUCGACUAGAACAAGAAGCUGAAAAGAAGGUAAUAAUGCUGGCAGAGCGAGCCCACCAUGAAGCUAUUGUGCAACUGAAUAAUGCUGGGAGAAGUGUUUUUAAAGAGAAUGUUUACCUCCAGAAAGCUCUUGCCUACCACCAGAAGGAGGCUGAUGCUCUACAGAAAAACUCUCAGAAGUUGAAAGAGAAUCAUACUUUCCUCUUACAUCAAAAGGAGAUCAAUGAGCUGUUGGUUAAGGAAAAGUUAAUGCAACUUACCCAGCAGAGAUCACAAAUUCAGGUUCUUCAGAAGAAGGUGGUAAGCUUGGAAAAUGCUCUGAGUUGUAUGACCAGGGAGUUUGAGACUGAAGUGUUAAAACUGCAGCAACACGCAAUGAUAGAGAACCAGGCUGGGCAGGUAGAGAUCGACAAGCUGCAGCAGCUGCUUCAGAUGAAGGACAAGGAAAUGAACCGAGUAAAGAAGCUGGCCAAGAACAUACUGGAUGAGAGAACUGAAGUGGAGCGGUUCUUUCUAGACGCUCUACACCAAGUGAAGCAACAGAUCCUAGUCAACAGGAAGCACUAUAAGCAGAUAGCGCAAGCUGCUUUCAACUUCAAAAUGAGAGCAGCGUGUGCAGGAAAAACGGAGUACCCCAAGAUCAGAACGUUUGAUGGCAGAGAACACAGCACCAACAGUGUGAACCAGGACCUUCUGGAGGCUGAAAAAUGGACAAUUACUCAAGGAAAUGUGGAUAUUGGAGAUUUGACCUGGGAGCAGAAGGAGAAAGUCUUGAGAUUGCUGUUUGCAAAAAUGAAUGGUUUUGCUUCUAGGAAAUACAGCCAGAGUUCCAGGCCUCCAGUUCCAGAGUAUGUUGUUUCUGACGGUGAAGAAACAAAGGAAUUUGGGGAUGAAAGUAAACUUCAGGAUCAAACCUUCAUCACCCAGCAAGUUCCAGUAUCCGACUCUUCUAGUGAAAUGGUGCUACCCAGUAUUCCAAAAGGAUCAGAAGACUCCAACACAGGAACCUUCUGAUUCACACUGGUGAACAACAAACGCCCCACAGAAGCUGCUGGCAGAAUCCUCCCUCCUGAGAUGUUCAAGACAGUUUUUUAAAGGAAAAAAAUAUUUUAUUCAAAAGUUA